CAUAACCUAGGUCCACCUAACCUCCCGUAACCUGAUCGAGUACACACGGAGCUGCGCGAUCGAAAUCGUGCGAGCGACCUAUGAUUCUCGUCGCUUUUCACAACUGAAUUCGAAGAAUGGCUGCUGUGAAGUUCGGCAAGCACCUGAAGGAGCUGCGAAUCCACCUCUGCCAGACGUCGAAGUCGAGCCAGGGCGUUAGGGACUUCAUCGAGCAACAGUAUGUGCCGCUGAAGAAGAGCAAUCCGAGAUUUCCCGUCUUGGUCAGAGAGUGCUCGGCGAUCGAACCGAAACUGUACGCGCGUUACGAGUACGGCGUGGAGCGCUGCGUACCUCUCUCCAACCUGAAAUCGGAAGACGUGCUUGGGAGAAUUCGGGAAUUGGCGACUCGACAAAACUAAAUAUACCUCGCGACGUUAAAGUAUGUAUCAUAUACGCGUAGUGUUUUAAUAAAAUAACUAUCGGAGCAU